UGCCGGCUGCUGCAGAGCGGACCUGCCGUCAGAAGCGAGGGAGGAAGGCAGAACGGGCAGCAGCGGCGUGGUGACGGGGUGGCUUCCCAAAUUAAAGAAAUCCGGCCGCGGGGGCCCGAGCGGCGCUUGGCCCGAGCGGGCUGCAGCUGCCCGAGCGGCGAUCCGGCCUGGAGGGCAGCCAGGGCGGGGAAGUUGAGCCGGGUCCACGUGGGCUCCGUGCCGGGCAAGCCCGGGCUUGCAGCGCCGGGUCAGCGGAGGAGAGGCCUCGCCUGUCUCCGCCGGCUCUGGGGCGACCCCCGCCAGCCGACGCGGCGCUUGGAGCCCGGCGCUCGGCCCUCGAAGGACUAGACGGCCCGCGGGCGGCGGGGGCCCGGAGAGCCUCCUCCGGGGGGCACCGCCGCCCGUCUCGCGCUGGGAGCCAAGAACCGCGCAACGCAGGAAGGGCAGCGCUUCCUCCUUCCCUCGUUUUCCAAACCGGGCAGGUCUCCGGCAGCACCCCUGGAGCUGCGGCUUACACGUCGGAAGGGAGCGCCCCGUCCAAGGGGGCCUCCGAUGGAGUCGCAUCUCCGAAAAGGAGGACCGCAGAGUUUAGAUUCCAAGGAAUCCCCCGGACACCUGCUAGCCACAGAUUUCCACAUCUGAUCAAGUUAGGGAUGAAUUGACAUGAAGAAGGAAGCAGCACUGGUGCUUAUGCUGAUGUUUGUUAUGGAGGUGCCACAAUUGCCUGCAAAUCCAACAGAAUGCCGAGAGAGCGAAUACCUGGAUGAUCAGGGGAAAUGCACCCCUUGUAAGGAAUGUGGCCCUGGAUUGGAGCUUUCCAAGCAAUGUGGUUAUGGUGAAGGAAGCAAUGCACAAUGCACUCCAUGCCACCCGAAGAGGUUCAAGGACAGUUGGGGUCACCAUGGCUGCAAGCCCUGCCUCUCUUGCAGUCUGAUCAACAGGAUCCAGAAAUCCAACUGCACUGCCACCUCGGAUGCAGCCUGUGGAGAGUGUUUCCCUGGUUUCUACAGGAAAACCCAAAUUGGAGGAUCUCGGGAUCAAGAAUGCGUCCCUUGCACAAAGCAGACUCCCUCAUCAGAGCUACAGUGCCGCUCUAGAGUUAGCCUGGUAAAGGUGGAAGUCCCCACAGCCCCUGCUCAGGACCUCAUUCUUGUGGUGCUAACCAGCAGUGCUGUCGUCGUCAUUGUGUUGGUGUUACUGACUGUCUCCAUCCUCUGCUGCCGACGAUUCUGGAAGAGCCACUGCCAGUGUGCGUUCCUGAGAAGUCAGAGUUUCUCUGGCCAGAGGGUGAUGUUUCAAGCUUCUGCCAUGCCGGCUGGCUUCCCUUGCCGUGAGCCACUGUCCAGUUCCUGUUGCGUAGCCAUCAAGAGCUUAAGCCCUUGCCAAAGGCUUCAGGAAGGUCCUGCUGAAACUGUCCAAUUUGUCUCUGGAGUUUCUGGGCUUCAUCUUCCCUGCCAGCAGUCUGACCAAGACUUGUCCAAGUUCAUCACUGCCAGCCCCAAAGCUCCCCUGGCCAGGAGCCUCUUGGAGACCCAACCCCUGAUCAGGAACUCUGGGUGCAGUGACUGGUCAGCUGGAGGCUCCUCCCUCACUGAGCUGCGGCAGGACUGUUGUGGGGAGGACCCUGAUAGUUCCCCAGCCCCACUCUCCUCAUGUGCCACAGUGAUGCAGCACCACUGGCCUCAUACUCCCGUGGAAUGCACUGAGCUGGACCUGCAGAAAUUCUCCACCCAAGCUGAGUUCAUGGACACCAGUGGCAAAGAGGAUCAUGGGAACAGGGCUGCACAGGGCGAUGAGGCUCAGAGCCUUGUGACUGAGAUCGGUGAUAUCACACAAGGUCUCCCCAUAGCUGGGCUUCCAGAUUCCUUGGUGCUAUCUCUUGCCCUCCAAUUGGACCUGCCCUUGCCUGGGCUGAAGAAUUUCAGCCAUGUGGGAAUGGAGCUGGGGAUUGUGUCCCACCAGCUGAGCCAGAUGUCCGGGUUCAAGGAGCUCGUUGCAUACCUUGCAGAUUCUGGGAACUCUCUCCCUGUUCUUAUCUUGGCUCAAGCUCUGCAGAAGCACCAGCGCUUCGAUGCCUUGCUUUUACUUUAUGAUCACUUUAUUGGGAACCAGACCCAGACCAUCCAACUGUAGGCCAUGGGUCAACUUGUCCAUCCGAAGCUCUGUGUCAGCUGAGAGUACCAGACCAUCCUGCAGUCAAAGGUGUCAAGAUGGCAAGCUUGCAUGCUGAAAUGAGGUUUGGCUUCUGUAGCUGUAACCUUUGCAUCGUGGAAUAAAAUCCUGGGCUAAACAGGAAGAGCUUAUUUAUAGAGCCAGAAGACUAAACUCAGGAAGAGUUUGAACACCCUGUGUCUGCUUGAGAUCUGCUUCAUGCAGUUCAUCUCCUGGAUCAUCUGAAUCAUCAUCUGGGAAGGCAUGAAGGUCCCACAUGUGCCACCUUUCUUUUCUCUCAAAAACUGGUGGCUUAUGGUCUACUGACCAUUGUAGAGUUGCGACCCUGUUUCAAGUCAUUGUCUCCAGUGGACUUGGUACUAGUUCUGUUGAUUUCCCUUUUCCAAGCAACAAUCUACUUGGCUCUGGCUGCCUCAACUGGAUUAGUCUGUAUGGGACAUCUUUGUGUACUUGAAUAGGUUUCUUUUCAUUUUCCAAAAUCCUGGGAGACUUUAAGGAGUUGUGAUAUGUUUGCAGUGAUUGAGAAGAUAUCAAGAUAUGCUCUCUUAAGGGGAAUUGUAUUGUUGCCGUGUGUUUGAGAGUGUCUUUUUACUCCUGCCAUUAUCACUCUUUUGUACAGAUUUGAGAUAAUGUUUUUCAUGCCUUUAUUGUGCUGAGCCUUGAGGUCUUCAGCAGGGAGAAGAUAUUGAUUUUUCCUACUUGUACCAAUGUUGCUUCAUAGGAGGGGGCUAUGGGUCCAUUUUGUUUAUUUCUCCUUUGGGCUGAAAUCUAAGACAGAAGCUACAUCUAUAUUGUUUUUCAUUGACUUAAUGACAACUGCCUAUGAGCGAACCAUUGCCCUAAUUUGCUGGCUUGCUGAGCUAAUGGCGCUCAAGUUGAAGCAAUGACUUCAUUUUCUGGUUUCCACGGGUGAAAACCUUGGAAAGGAAUCCUUUAUUUGGAAGCAUCUGUUCAAGCUUUUGCUGUGUGUUUGGCUCACUUAGCCUCAUUAGGUCUGUAUUGGGAUUGGGAGGCAUUUUAUUUUUGCUUUUUAGCAUCUUAGGUACAAAGUGAAUUCAUUGUAGUUGCUGGCCAUUUCUAGAAAUUAUGCCACAGGUCUUUGCAGUUUUCUUAGAUAAACCCAGUUGUGAAUAUGUGCAAUUAUAUGGCACCAUUUCUUUUUUAAAAAUAUAUUUGCGAAAUAUCUAAUGUCCUGUGAUUUUACAGUAUACACAACACUUGUUUGUACAGGAUAUGCACCCUCAUUUUCUGAUGGAAUUAUUCAUUGGGAUUCUGGAAACAAUGACAUUCCUGCCCCCUCCUCCAACGAGGAGAAAAGAUAAAUCUGCUGCUUGCUUAAUUAGAUUCCCUAAUUGUUUUAUUUAUUGAUAUAGAUGAAAACUAUAUCAUGUCUUAGAAGUAGAAAUGCAGUAUUUUAAAGUUAGUAUAUUUUAAUACAAUAUGAACUCUAUUCAUUUUUAGGGAGCGCUAGAGCUCCCAUCCUGUCAGGAUCAGUAUACCACCAUGGAUCGUUUGUAUAAUAUCUUCAUCCAAUGAUCCUCAGAGUCUCUUCAUCCAUUACUUACAGAAGCUUAAUGUGACACAAUUUGAAAACUCUGCCUUCUGUGGAUGCUUCCUUCUCCGCCCCUCUCCUUCAGGUUUAAAACUGUAGAAUAAAGUGUGAGAUCAGAAUGAGGCCCCUGAUGUAAUUCAAGUGUAGCUGCUGGCCCCUAGUUAAUUAGGACCCUUAGAGAAGCAAAUCAUCCAGACCCAACAAUAGCACAUGACCAGUCUGGCUGCCAGUAUCCAGACAGGACCAUAUUGUAGCCUCUUAGUGCUAACAAUCUCCCCCCUCCCCUAAUGAAAUUUGGAUGACUAGCACCCUGCCUUUUAAGCCAUGCCUGCAAACUGCUAUAUCAGAGUCCUAACAUUUCACUCUGAAAAAUAUGGUUUAUUUCCAGUAUCUCCAUGCCACCUUCAAGUUUGUUCCUAUCACAGUGGAUGUGUGAAUAUAGGGUGAACAAGGAACAACCCUUGUUGUUUUGAUAACUUGAUCCACACCAUAAAGAAUUUACACACACCCCAGAUAUAAAAAGUGAUGAUGUGACUCCAGCACAUGCUCCUGAAGACUUUAUAUGAGAAUUAUUUGUGUAUAUAGGGUUGAGUUGUAAACUUACAGCUAUAAUACUUUUAGUAUGCUGUGAACAAAAUCCUUCUCUCUGAAAAUGUGGCAGCCAGGGCUGGCGCCAGAGGUUGCCCAGUGGAGCCCCUGAAGGGUUCCUCUUCCAGGUGGGAGCAUGGUGCUCCUGUUCCAUGAUCCAUGGCAGUGUCAGAUCCUGCAACCUGACCCUGCCAGGGAUCGCAGAGAGGGACCACCCAGGCACCCUCCCAAUACGGACGGUACGGGCUUCAAUAAGCCCUUAUGCACAGCCCAACUACCUCUCCCAUGUGAAUGCCGUGUAUGCUGUGUUCACAUGCCUGCCAUCACCCAAGAUGGUGACAGGGUCUUCCCUAAGGGUCUGACACCCUCCUACCAUCUUGGUUGAUAUCAGGCAUGCACACAUAGUGCACACAUCAUUCACAUGACACAAGAAUGGGAAUUUUUGGGAAUUUUUCAAACUUGAUAGUAUUUCCCAAGAGAUUCUUUUCAUGCCCCAACUGAGUGGCAGAGAAUUGAAUUCAAAACUACACAUGACCUCCUUUGGUAUGCAAACUCUCCUGUCACUGGAUGAUUCUUGUACUGCGAGAUCACGUGCUGGGUGUUUGUGUGUAAGUAACUGUGGCAUAUCGCAAACACCCCAUAGAUCAACAUGGGUUAAGCAGAUAAGUACUAUUCAUUUCAGUGGGAUCAAAGUAAGAUUAGUUUGUGCUAGGUUGCACACACUGUUUGUUCCCCAAUAUUAUUUAUUUAUUUUAAUAUCUACCUCUCCCCCAAAGCAUGCAAUUCAUGCAGAUGACAUGUCUGGUGUCUGUUCUGACAACACAGCAUCCUAUGAAUCUGCCUCAGUUACACACAUCUCAUGGCAAGUGAAUGCUUGAGUACGUUCUUUAAUACUGAUGUUUAAUGGAAUGGGGCCUUGGAGUAUUUUUAACCCUGGAUUAUGUGUCCCUACCAUUCUUCAUUGUGAACAUCCCCUAAAACUGGAUUUAUUUUUUCAUAAUGCAAAUAAAUUUUUCGCUGUUGGUUGAUUGCAUAGCAAGCAAAUGUAUGUAAGUUGUGGCCUGCUCUUUACAACAAAGAGCGUUUGAGAGGUGCUCAAGGACACAGAGAGAUGCCACAUUUUUAUAUUCUGUAAAAAAUCAGUAAGUCAGUUUUUUGUUUUUUUUAAUGAAAUUAGCCAUAACACAACAUACCACAUGCCUUUGGGCACAAUCCACUUGGUAGCUAUGCCGGGCUGAGGAGUUUCAGGAUGUGGCGGAGCUGAGGUGAAUGAGGAAGGGCGUAGGCACCACCAGGCUCCAUGUUAGAAGUCCCCCCGGCACAGCCGCAGCACAGCUGAGGAACACUGCCGCUGCCCAGGCCUGGCCAGGACCCAGGCGAGACCAGCACAAGUGGACCCGGUGGAAGACCCCAAAAGGGGCAUUCCACAGGGUGUUGGGGUGGAAACAUGCAUUUCAUUUCCUUCUGUCGGGCCUUGCUGGCAGAGCCAGCAUCUUCCCCUCCUGCUGGUGCCUGAAUGGAGGCUUGAUGUGGCCCUUCUGCCAGCUCCGCUUCUGCUGGCCUCCAGCAAUUUGGGUCAUGCCCUUAGAGUUGUCAGCAAUGCACUCAACAGACUUGCAAUAUAUGUUUGAAAAUAUUUGUAUUAAUAUUUUGCUUAUACCUUAGCUUUUAUUACAGUUAUUACUAUACUUCCACAAGUGACAGAGAAUUUUGAUUUUUAAAAGGGAUCUGUGUGAUGUUUUGCCAGGUUUUUUUGUUAUUGUUUUACAUGCUUUUUGGAUACAAGGAUUUCAAUUGCAAAUUAAUACAGAGUUUGCAUUUGUUUAUUGUAAACUAUUUUUGAAAAAUAAUAAUGGUGUAUGUAAUUGGUAUUUUUGUAAGUUUGACAUUGAUUACAGUGUACUUUUAAAAAUGUAGCUUUUUAAAAAUAGUUUUUUUCUGGGAUCUUUGUUUUAAACUGUUAGGGGAAAUCCAGGGCUUUCUUUGUGAACCCCUUACAUUU